GGAUCAGUCUGUGGUCACACACGCACCGCAACGCACGCUCACGGCACUCUGUGACUCUGUGACUGUGGAGGAAGCAACAGGGCGAAGGCACUCGUCACUCUUCACUCUUCACUCAUCACUUGCACUUGAACUUGCGCCGCCGCAUCCAGCUGCACAGCACAGCACACAUCAUGUCAGCGUCUUCGUCCAUCGCAUUCGUCUGUCUGGCUGCCUUGGUCGCAAUCGCGCACGGCCAAAGGAUAACAACGAUUCAAUUAGAUGGAGUGCAAUAUUUCAUCAGUAGGAUGAACCCCUACUCUCCUGAACUGAACUACUUCCUAGCUUACCAAUACUGCCGGUCAAUAGGACUGCAGCUGGCAUCGUUCGAAACCAAGGAGAAGGCCGAUUCAAUUAUGCAGUAUCUUGGAAAUGCAGGCUACGACAAGUACGACUUCUGGACGUCGGGCAACCGGCUGGGCACGGACAUGCUCAUUUGGAUGAGCACCGGUUUGCCAUUCAACGCCACCUUUGACUACAUGCGUCCAUCGGCCGACAGUGAAUUGGCAGGCAACGAGCAGCCGGCAGGCAGGCAGUUGUCGGCCGUCGAGCAGAAGACAGAGAGUGGCGCACACGAUGGCUGCGUCGCCAUGACUGCUCCCGACCUGCGCUGGGCCACCCACGACUGCACAAGGCUCAAGGACUUCGUCUGCGAGCAGACGCGCUGCUACUACUACAACUACGGGUCCAUCCCCGUCUCCUCCGCUCAGGGGUAAGCAGGCACAGAUCAAAAGCGAAAACUGUACCACAAACCUUGCCAGCCACGACAACCACACGAACGACCGCAGCUCCGAUGACAACCGUCGGCUACCAAGAGAGCAACGCACAGACUGUUGACUACUCAACCGAGUCCGAACCCCACUAUCACCAAACAGCUGACUCAACAGAAUCCACUCUCUACUACGACACAACUGAGACCGUCAACAGCAUACGCUCGCAAAAGUCUCAGACUCUCGACUCGCCGUCACAGUCUCUCAACUCUCCAUCUCAGACUCAGGCUCUCGAGUCAACCGAAUUCGGCGCUCGAACAAUCGCCAACAACGAAAACACCUCCAUCAACAACGACGUUCCCUGGCCCUGGGCACGAAAUAUCAUGCUCGAGAAACCAAAAAAGAAAAACACCGCUUAAAAAUAAUCAUUAAAACUGGUGGUACUGUUGCUUUGUACUCAAAUUUCGUACUUUGUAUCAUUAACUGGUUGUGCUCUUGUUUUGUACUUAAACUUUGUACUUUGUAAUCAGUUACGUUCAAAGAUGUGAAUUGCUUCAAACUUUGUACUUGGAGCUUUGAAUCUUCGUCGUACUUGGUGCUUUGUAUCGUUGUACUUAGUACUGUGUAUCUUUGAACUUAAUUCAUAUCAGUUACGUUCGAAGAGGUGAAAAGACUGUGUUCAUGAUCCCCGAUAGUUCUCAACAUUUAGACAAUAAUAAUAUAACUUCUAAUGUACUUGUCAAAGUGCUGAAUACUGUGUUUUAGGUUAAGCUAGGUUAACAACAAUGUCUUUUGUAAAAAAUCAAAAGUAAUUAUUGAAGUAAACAUCA